UCCACUUUUUCUUUUUACCAUUCAAUUGCUUGGAAUCAAAGCCAUGCAUAUCGAUACAGUCUCCACUACGUAUGUAUUUAACCUCCAUGAUCGUAUUCGAUUCAUCGCCAUCGCACAUCCAAAUUAGCAGCUACCUCAAAAAAUCAUCAGCCAUGGGAGAAUCCGCAGGAAAAGCUAAGAAUACUCUGCAAAGGGCAAUAGAAACCUACAAGCUCGCCUUGGAGGACCUGGUGAAAGUAAAUUCCCUUUUCACCAUUGCAGUGUUCGUGGGGCUGUCUCUGGCAGAUCGUGGGCAGCGGGGCCUGGAGAACCGCGCGGAGUGCUCGGCAGACAUAGCCAUGAGGAAGAGGUUGGUGGUGACGGAGGUGGUGUCAUUCGGGUUCUACCUCUUGUCGAGUCUGACAGCUAAGGCCCUGAAGAUCCAUGUCAGUACUUACAGGGACAAGUUUCAAGCCAAAAAAAUAAGUUACCAGGUUAUACGAGGGAGCUUGCUGGUGCUGGCGCUAUGGAGCUCGGUUCUUGGUUGUAUCUUCUUGACGAUUUCCAUGGUUGAUGUGAUUCAGAUCAAGGUGGGAAAAGUGUCUUGUGGAAGUGGCUACAGUGUACACUCUGUGCAGUCGCUGGUAGCCAUUGUCUCUAUCGCUUUGGUUAUUUUCUUCUUCUUCACUAUGCAUUCUAUCUACUACAUUUCCACUGUCAGUUUUGAUUAGGAAUUACUCAUAUAAUUUCCUGAACUUUUAGAUAUAUGCAUCUCACGGGAUAAAUUGUACACUUCUUUUCAGCUUCGUUGAUAAAUUUUUACGUCAUUUGGUGCGUGUAUAUCUA